CUCUUCCCGGGGGUGGGUGGGGUCGGGCGCGGUGGCGAGAGGACCCGAAGGUGGCCGCAGCAGCAGCCGCGCCGCAGCCUCGAAGCCGGCCCGGAGCGCAGGGCGGUCGCCGCAACUCCCGGCUCCCCUCCCCGUGCGCCCGUCCAUGGCGGCCGCGGGGCAGCUCUGGCUGCUCUACCUGUCCGCUGGGCUCCUGCCUCGGCUCGGCGCCGCCUUCAACCUGGACACCCGCUCGGACAAUGUGAUCCGGAAAACGGGGGAGCGCCAGAGCCUCUUCGGCUUCUCGCUGGCUAUGCACCGGCAGCUGCAGCCCGAGGACAAGCGGCUGUUGCUCGUGGGGGCUCCCCGGGCGGUGGCCCUUCCGCUGCAGAGGGCCAACAGAACAGGAGGCUUGUACGAAUGUGACAUCACCUCUGAAGGGCCCUGCACUCGGAUUGAAUUUGAUAACAACGCUGACCCUUCAUCAGAAAGCAAGGAAGAUCAGUGGAUGGGGGUCACCGUGCAGAGCCAAGGUCCAGGGGGCAAAGUUGUGACAUGUGCUCAUCGAUAUGAGAAAAGGCAACAUGUUAAUACAAAGCAGGAAUCCCGAGACAUUUUUGGAAGGUGUUACGUCCUGAGUCAGAAUCUCAGGAUUGAAGAUGACAUGGAUGGAGGAGAUUGGAGUUUUUGUGAUGGCCGACUGAGAGGCCAUGAAAAAUUUGGUUCUUGCCAGCAAGGUGUAGCAGCUACUUUUACUAAAGACUUUCAUUACAUUGUGUUUGGAGCCCCAGGCACUUACAACUGGAAAGGGAUUGUUCGCGUAGAGCAAAAGAAUAAUACUUUUUUUGACAUGAACAUCUUUGAAGAUGGGCCUUAUGAAGUCGGGGGAGAGAGCGACCAUGACGAAAGUCUAGUCCCCGUGCCUGCCAACAGUUACUUAGGCUUUUCUUUGGACUCAGGAAAAGGUAUUGUUUCCAAAGAUGACAUCACCUUUGUGUCUGGUGCCCCGAGAGCCAAUCACAGUGGAGCUGUGGUUUUAUUCAGAAGAGACAUGAAGUCUGCACACCUCGUCCCUGAACACAUAUUUGAAGGGGAAGGGCUGGCAUCUUCAUUUGGCUAUGAUGUUGCAGUGGUGGACCUUAACAAAGAUGGGUGGCAAGAUAUAGUUAUUGGAGCCCCACAGUAUUUUGAUAGAAAUGGAGAAGUUGGAGGUGCAGUGUAUGUCUACCUUAACCAGCGAGGCAGAUGGAAUAAUGUCAAACCAAUUCGUCUUAAUGGAACCAAAGAUUCUAUGUUUGGUGUUGCAGUAAAAAAUAUUGGAGAUCUUAAUCAAGAUGGCUACCCAGAUAUUGCAGUUGGAGCGCCCUAUGAUGGUAAAGGAAAGGUUUUCAUCUAUCAUGGAUCUGCGAAUGGAAUAAAUACCAAACCAACUCAGGUUCUUGAGGAUAGCAAGUCAAAUUAUUUUGGAUAUUCAAUUGCUGGAAAUAUGGACCUUGAUAGAAAUUCCUACCCUGAUGUUGCUGUUGGUUCCCUCUCAGAUUCAGUGACUAUCUUCAGAUCCCGGCCGGUGAUUAACAUUCAGAAAACCAUCAUAGUAACACCUAACAAAAUUGAUCUCCACCAGAAAACGUUCUGUGGGGCACCUAGUGGGAUAUGCCUCAAGGUUAAGGCCUGUUUUGAAUAUACUGCCAAACCCAAGGGUUACAAUCCUUCAAUAGCCAUUCUGGGCACAGUGGAAGCUGAAAAGGAAAGAAGAAAAUCUGGGUUAUCAUCAAGAGUUCAUUUUCGAAACCAAGGUUCUGAGGCCAAGUAUACUCAAGAGCUAACUCUGAAUAUGCAGCAGCAGAAGGCAUGCAUGGAGGAAAUGCUCUGGCUACAGGAAAAUAUCAGAGAUAAACUGCGUCCCAUUCCCAUAACUGCUUCAGCAGAGAUCCGAGAGCCUAACACUCGGAGGCGAGUGAAUUCACUUCCAGAAGUUCUUCCAAUUCUGAAUGCAAAUGAACCCAAGACAGUACAUAUGGAUGUGCACUUCUUAAAGGAGGGGUGUGGAGAGGACAGUGUGUGCAACAGCAACCUUAAACUAGAAUACAAAUUCUGUACCCGAGAAGGAAAUCAAGACAAAUUUUCUUACUUACCAGUUCAAAAAGGUGUGCCAGAACUAGUUCUAAAAGAUCAGAAGGACAUUGCUUUAGAAAUAACAGUGACAAACAGCCCUUCUGAUCCGAGGAAUCCCACGGAAGAUGGUGAUGACGCUCAUGAAGCCAAGCUUCUUGCAACUUUUCCAAACACUUUGACUUACUCUGCAUACAGAGAGCUGAGGGCUUUCCCUGAGAAACAGUUGAGUUGUGUGGCCAACCAAAACGGCUCACAAGCCGACUGUGAGCUUGGAAAUCCUUUUAAAAGAAAUUCCAAUGUUACUUUUUAUUUGAUUUUAAGUACAACGAAGGUCACCUUUGACACCACAGAUCUGGAUAUUAAUCUGAAGUUGGAAACAACAAGCAAUCAAGAUAAUUUGGCCUCAAUUACAGCUACAGCAAAAGUGGUUAUUGAACUGCUUUUAUCGGUCUCCGGAGUUGCUAAGCCUUCUCAGGUGUAUUUUGGAGGUACAGUUGUUGGUGAGAAAGCUAUGAAAUCUGAAGAUGAAGUGGGAAGUUUAAUAGAGUAUGAGUUCAGGGUAAUUAACUUAGGUAGACCUCUUAAAAAUAUCGGCACAGCAUCUUUGAAUAUCCAGUGGCCAAAAGAAAUUAGCAAUGGCAAAUGGUUGCUUUAUUUGGUGAAAGUAGAAUCCAAAGGAUUGGAAAAGACAGCUUGUGAGCCACAAAGUGAAAUAAACAGCCUGACCCUAAAGGAGUUUCACAGCUCAAGAAAGAAGCGGGAAAUUGCUGAAAAACAGAUAGAUGAUAGCAGAAAAUUUUCCUUAUUUUCUGAAAGAAAAUACCAGACCCUUAACUGCAGCGUGAACGUGAACUGUGUGAACAUCAGCUGCCCACUGCGAGGGCUGGACAGCAAGGCCUCCGUGCUUUUGCGCUCAAGGCUAUGGAAUGGCACGUUUCUAGAGGAAUAUUCCAAAAUGAACUACUUGGACAUCCUUGUGCGGGCUUCCAUUGAUGUAACUGCUGCCACUGAGAAUAUCAAGCUGCCAAAUGCAGGCACCCAGGUUCGUGUGACUGUGUUUCCUUCAAAGACUGUAGCUCAGUAUUCAGGAGUACCUUGGUGGGUCAUCCUAGUGGCUAUUCUUGCUGGGAUUUUGAUGCUUGCACUAUUAGUAUUUUUACUAUGGAAGUGUGGUUUCUUCAAGAGAAAUAAGAAAGAUCAUUAUGAUGCCACAUACCACAAGGCUGAGAUCCAUGCUCAGCCAUCUGAUAAAGAGAGGCUUACUUCUGAUGCAUAGUAUUGAGCUACUUCUUUAAUUGUGUGGAUUCUUUAAACGCUCCAGGUACGAUGACAGUGUUCCCCGAUACCAUGCGGUAAGGAUCCGGAAGGAAGAGCGCAAGAUCAAUGAUGAAAAAUAUGAUAACCUUGAAAAAAAACAGUGGAUCACAAGGUGGAAUGAAAAUGAAAGCUACUCCUAGGCGGGUGGAGGGGCAGAAAAGCUUCGCAGUACCUAUGCUGUUUUUUUUUCCCCCAACUCAAAUUCAAAUGGAUUUAAAAGCCUGUUCAGUACCUGAAUAUUGAGUUCAGCCAGACUACAUACAGUAUGAACCUACAGUUUUAACUAUGGAUAUCGUUAUGUGGCCCGAGGUUCUGUUUUGCACAGCCAAAUUUCAGACUGUUGGAAUGGAUUUUUUCUUUAACUGCCUUAAUUUAACUUCCCAGUUUGCCUUUGUCUUUGUCGUGGCUAACUCCCCUGUGCUGGGGAAGGGCUUGCCGCCUGCACCCAGUCACUGCGCUCCCAGAAUGGCCGUCCCCACCCUCAGCACUGCCCUUGUGAACACUCUUUCUUCCCAGAGGACUGAAGACCUACCCAUUAACUGUCCUGCGUCUCAAGACUCUGCCGUCAGGGUAACUGUGUCUCAAUGUAAAGUGCUUUCUUAAAUGUGCAAUAGAAGGUAACAUUGCCAUCCCGCGAUCUUCCUCCAUUUCCUAGAUGUGUGAAUACUUGUUCACACCAGAUACGUACAGGUUUCAUUCCCCCUUCUCACCAAAACACACAGGUGCAAGAGACUUGAAUGCUAGUUAAACUUAUUUGUAUAUGGUAUUUAUUUUUUAUAAAUCAUUUUGUUAUUGACUAACAGGCCAAAGAUUCUCCAGUUUACACUUUAGGUUGGAUUAAACAGUCGAAUUAGAAUAUGGAAGUCACUGGUUUGACCUAACCUAUUUACUGCAAAAAAGAAUAUUCUUUAUAAAUAUACACAUAAGUUAUUAAGACAUCACCCUUCACGACAGUCCUCACCUCCUCCCUCCAACCCAAAAGGUUUAAAAAAUAGGAUUUAUCCAUAAGAUGUUUAAUUCUUACCAGACAUCGGGUAUUUUUUAGGUUAGAGCCCUGUGUGAUUUCUGAAUUUCAUGCUGUAACAAUCAGGAGCUCUUAGAAAUAAUGGUGUGUUUGUUGAACUUCAGUGCUGUUUAGUUGCUGCUGCAAAUACUAUAUCUUUAGGACUUGAAGGAAAUGGUGAGUGCCCAUGGUGGACCUGAACCGAUCCGGUAUAAGACUACUGAGUCACAUAGAACAUCAUGGCUUUUAAGUUUUUAAAUGUUCCUGGAAUCAUUUAAUCAGUGAGUUGAUGUGCUGUUUUUUGUUCUGUUUCUCCCCCAUCUGGGCCCCCGAAACCACUUUGGGACUGCUCCAACAAGAACUUUUAAUUGUUUAAUUGUAAAAAUGAAGGUGGUGGGGAGGCAGACAUUCUAUACAUUAAAUAGACAUUGAAUAGAUAUGAGGGCUGAAUUUUAAUUAUUGCAUUUCCAAAUAUUAAGCUAUAUUAGGAGCAACAGCAAACGGGCUAAUUUGGAUAUAGUAUAAGCAGCGUCUCAGCCACAGCUGCAUGUGCCGUUUUGCUUUGGAGGAUUUUUCUUUUUUUUUCCAGAAAUCUUACUGCCCUUAAGAUACUUAGGACAUUUAGUUGUAAUUUGGUAUGUUCAUGCACAAAAAUUUCUCCAAGAUAGGUCAUAACAGUGUUUAAAAUCUCAGUUCUAUAAGUAACUUGGAGCCUACUGCACUGGCUCUACAGGUUGCUAAGAAGCUGGUAUUGUGAAAGUGCUUAUAGACCUCUGUUAUAAAAACAAAUGUCCUGAAAAGUGGGGAGUGGAUGGUUCAACAACAGAAAUAAGAAUGUAGUGAUGUUUAAAUUUAAACAUGUCAUCUCAAGUCAAAUCACUGGUCUGUUUGCCUUUGAUACAUUUUUAUACUAACUAGCAUUGUAAAAUUAUUUCAUGGUUAGAAAAUACCUGUGGAUAUUUGUAUGGAAGUGUGAAAUAAAUUUUUUUAUGAAAGUGUUCA